AGUGGACUCAUCCAGCCUGGCUAUGCAGAAACUGUGACGUCGCAAUCUCGAAUAGAUUGUGGGAAAAACUUUGUAAAUAGUCUAUUAUCUACCCAGUUCGUUCACACGGGCAUUAAAAAUAUUCGCUUCGUGGGAGACAGUCAACCUCUAAAUCCUGACUGGAUUCGCCUAGAAACAUGUCAGACGAUAUUUGGGAUGCCCUUGCCCUUGGUGCUGAACCACUUUCUGUCACUGCAAACGCCCCCUUCCCCAAUAUAGAAGAAGCUUUGGGAAGUAAUCUUUUGUCGGGUCAGAUUUAUCCAAACUACGACACAAUUAAUUAACAUACCAAGUAUUUUCUUAACUUGCUUGCCCUUUUUAGAUCGAUUCUAUAUUCUUGAUUGGAAGCGAAGGGUCUGGAACGUCACAAGGCUCUGGAACAAGUGGACAUUACUGUUACCAUGGAGACGGUUAUGAUUGUUGUGGCCAAUCGUUUCAAACCACAGGGGAUGUCGACUGUAUCUAGAUGAGAAAAGGGAGAUGCCAUGGAGGUAGAUUUAAACCAGUUGACCGCAUCCUUGGUGACUGUCAGCCCCUUUGCGCCGUCACCAGUUCCGGAUAAUGCACCCACAGAAUCGCAGAAGCGAGGCGAUAAUGGUGAUAUGAGGCACCCAGCCGACUCGGACGGACCAGUGAAUGUUGUAGAUGACUCUAAACAACCAAUCGAGGCCAUGCCAGCCAAGAUUCAAGAGUUUUCAUUCGAGCAGGCGGAGAAAUCACGACCACCGAUAGCAUCUCUGAUUAACCAGCGGCACGGGUACCUCCCCACCUCCAGAAUGUACUGGCGACUUCCCUCGCACAGGAACACGCCAGGCAAAUGGGGUGCAGAAGAGAAGAAGCUGACAGCAGCCACUUCCUCUAGCAGCAUCCUCUCGUGGCUUUCGGAACUGGAGGAUGCGGUAGAGAUGUCUACAUCAGCGACGUCCGUCAGCAACGGUGAGCGGCAAGGUAUGUUCCCGCCAGGUAAAACCUUGGGUCUACAGGUCCCCCAUGUCCAGGAUCUAGGGAACUCCUGCGACCAGCAACAGGGAACAGUCGGCGGGGGGCGCCAGUGUGGUAACCCGGAGAAAAGGGCUACAAACUCCCGACAAAAAGUCCAAAGUCGCCCCCAGGACUCUAACUUCAUAACAUACGAUAACAGCUGCUUGUCCUACACCACGCCGCCGCUGACGCAUCCAGCGUUCCAGGGUCGGCGUGGUUUUGACCCCUGGAAGAGAAGGAUUGAGUUCAACAGAGCCCACUACCCCGUGAGCGUGCGGCAAACCCUGUCAGACGUGCGGCAGACGGUUCCGCAGCUGCAGGCGCAAGCAAGCACCAGGAAUCUGUCCAAGGUGAUAUCAGCUCCUAUGGUCAUCAAGCAGAUGGAACCGCUGCCCAGGGACUCCACCGAAAACCUCCCCAACAUCACCCCGCAGGAACGCCAUGACGACAUGACACCCGUGGAGACCAUGGAGAGAGAGGAAACUCACAGGUACAUGUCGGGGUGCCAAGACGGGAGGACCACCUCACCCUGGAUGUGUGAGGAUUGCUGUGAGCGGGAGAGGAAGGCGCGGAAAGCUGACGGAUGUCAUCAAGGCAAACAUCAAAGCGGCCGUUCGUCCCUCAAAACGGCAAAGAUCUGGAUCGGCCGGAAGAUUCCUACGUUUCAACGUUGCGCUGUCACGAAUGUGGUCCCGUUCCAAAACCGACUAGUGGAGAAAUAGUCGGUUUUCACUGCAAGGAAUGCAAAGAUACCAGAUGUACUUGAAUAUCGACUUCGUUACAUUUGUACGGUACAUACUAUAGCGCUGUUACUUAUACAUGUAAAUGAUAACGGUCAUACGAUCGAUUAACGAAAACCGAUUAAUGAAGAAAUAAUCUGUUUUCAUUGCAAGGAAUGCAAAGAUACCACACAUAUAUAUGAAAAGAUGCCAGAUACUUGAAUGUCGAUUUCGAUGCAUUUGUACUUUACAUAUUUUAGUAUUAUAUAAGGAAUGCAAAGAUUCCAUAUACACGUACUUGAAUAUCGACUCCAUUACAUUUGUACGUUACAGAUUAAAGUGGUACUGUACAUGUAAAUAUCAACGGUCAUACGAUCGAUUAACGAUCAAAAAAGACGAGUAAUAUGGUUGUUACGAAUGCUCAGUGAAGAAACGAUCUACUGUACAAGUAAAUCAUAAUAGACAAAAUACUUAAUAUGGUUGUUAUGAAUGCUCAGUGAAGAAAUCAUUGCGAACGAAAGAAAAAUGUGAAAAGAUGCCAUAAUACACGAAUGUUCUUUGUUUUUCCGAUUCAAUACUUCUGUUUCCGUUCGACACAUUUCUUAUGUAAAGCUUUAUUGUAAUUUUUAGGGUAGCUGAUUCGUCUGUGUUGUCUAAAACAAUCAUACAAACUCAUUAAACACAUUCACAGCUUCA